CGGCCGUUCGUGUACACUCGGUAAUUUCCGUCGAAAGCAGCCGGCGUGUCACUCAACACCAAUGGAGGCACAAUUCACUCUUAGCAUAGUAUCCACUUCAUUGCCCGUAUAGGGCACAGGUAUGGAAAGCAACUUCUCCCUGAGAUUUGAUUGAACACUUCAACUUACCCCGUCUUUCAAACCCAAUUAGGACAUUUAGAAUACAAGGUUUCUUUUAAUGGCCAGUCAUGGAUAAUGAUGACAGUCCAGAUGAGCUGAUAAACCGCAGGCCCAACAUCAAAAAAACUGUUGCGCCGUGGGACAUUUCAGAUGACUCGGAUGACGUUGACGGGUCUGACGAGGAAGAAUCUGACAGUGGUGAUGAAGAGGAAGAAGAAAACGAAGGGGAAGGUGAAGGGGAAUGCAAUGAAGAGGAAGAUGAUGAGGACGAGGAAGAAGAUGCUGACAAUGACGACGGCGUUUUCGGCGAGACCUCAGCAGCCAUUGCAGCCAUGAGCUCAGACGAGGACGCUGAUAAAUGUCCAAUCUGCUUGAACUCCUUCAGCAGCCAGCCGGUGGCAACACCAGAGAACUGUCAGCACUACUUCUGUCUCGACUGCAUCCUCGCGUGGGCCAAGAAUGCAAACUCCUGCCCCGUGGACCGUAUUGCGUUUAAUAGCAUAUACCUGAGGAAAUGUUAUGGAGGCAAAGUGCAGAAAAUGAUUACAGUACAAAAACCUAAGAUGGAAGAUGAGGAGGUAAUAAUAGAUUUGGACUUGGAUCAAACCAACUGCGAGGUGUGUCAGGGCAGUGAUCGAGAGGACCGUCUUCUGCUCUGUGAUGGCUGCGACGCUGGCUACCACAUGGAAUGUCUCACACCACCUAUGGACACUGUUCCUGUUGAGGAAUGGUUCUGUCCUGAAUGUGUUGCCAACAACAAUAAUUCGGAACAAGAAAAUGGAACCCAUAGCCUCGCUUCCACUGCCCAUCCAACCACCAGUCGCACCCAGCCCCGAGCUGCCGGUCCCACAAGAGCAAUCGCCCGCACUCGGCACAGUGAACGUGUUCGGGCCAACGUGAAUCGACAUCGUAUCACACAGGCACGCACACCACAGCUUGCUUCCAGGGACCUAAUACAGUCUACUUGGCUGGAUGAUACUAUCAAUGCAGUGGUGGCGGGGUUGAACACAGCUGUAUAUGUAAGGGACCUCACCCCUCGUGCUCCACCCAGACGCAAACGCAAGACUGGAACACGCAGAAAGAAGGCAUCCUCUGCUAAGGGGAAAAAAGGUAAUUCUCGAGUUAAGCGGAGACGUAAAGUUAGGAGGAGGACUAAAUCCAGAAGAACUCCGGUGGGGAAAAAGGUAGCCACCGCCCAUAGCCGCAUUGCCAGCAGUCUCGGUCUGUCGAAGGACAAGAAGAACUGUUCACUUCCUACAGUAUGUCGGCCGUCAGAGCACACGCUAAGCAGCAUGCGGGCUGACAUCGGAGCUGCAUCGCUUUCGAUCCACGGGGAUCCUUUUGACCUGGACCCCUUUGUAGAUUGUGAUGAGGAUGAGCACCAAGAAAGUGUCACUUCAUUGUUGGAGGCCAAGAGACGAGGGAUCUCUCAUUCUGCCUUUCGCUCUCACCAGCCUGUUGCCCGACCUGUUGGUGCAAGCCUUUCAAGACGCGUUGUGGACGUUACCCAAACUGGCAGUGUUGUGGAGGCGGUGCCAGUGCCUGACCUGUUGGGCAGCAUCUUGUCUGGGCAAAGCUUGCUCUUGAUGGACAGCUCUAAUGUCGUCAUCAAUCGUGAUGGUUCUCUGAAAGCCUCUGAAUCAACAAGGAUGUCUGCUCUGAAAACAGGGUUAAGAAGGAGCAGUAGCGCAGAAGAAUCCAUUACUCAGGCUGAGAUUACACCCAUCCUUGAAGAACCUUUGUCCAAUCACCACAGUAGUGAUCCAUUAGGACCAUUCUACCAGAGUUCUUCUCGAGGACCCUCAUCUGUCAACCAUACAGAGCCUUCUCAACAUCGUGAUUUGCCACUUAGAGGUCAUUUGCGUAUUCAGCAGCCUCGUACAAACAUACCUUCUCCAUCUUUUGGUGUUCAGAGAGUCGGUGAGGGCUCCAGAGAAGCUGCAUCCUCAUCCAGGCACCUUAACCAAGACUCAAAGAACAAAACACUUCUCCCAAAAUCCCAACCUACAAAAGCUCCUACAAAGCCCAUGUGGGUUGAUGUGUCCAUCCUACCAAGGAUACCAAAAAUCAAGCGAGAAAGCAGCGAUGUAGCAAAGCAUCACAGUAGUAAUAUUGAACACAACGAUAAGUCUCCCACCAGGAAUAAUACUUCUGGCAUGCCUGAGACCGCUUUGAUUAGCUUUGCAGGGGAUGAGAACAGGAACCAUCAUGUUGUCCCACAGCAAAGCAGCACUGGUUGCCAGGCACAAAGACAAGGAACUUCGCAGGCCUUCUCCAAUUCAUUCUCGUUUUCCUCCUCCACUGGAUCCCAAUUGUGUAAUUCAUCAGUAUCCUCCCAAUCUUCAUCAUCGGUAAGCUUCCGCAUCAACUCCAGCGGGAACUCGUGGCAUUCAAGGCGACUCAGCCUCCCAUCAUCAUCCACAUGUGGAAACUGGGGCAAGAAUGACAUGAGGAAAAAAAGUGAUGAGACGAGAAAGAGACAGCUUCACAGAGAUAAAGAGAAGCUGUUGGCAUCACGCACAGCUGCAAGUAACAAUGAGGAGUCGAAUGAUAUUUAUGACCCUUUUAAUCCCACUGCGUCAGACUCAAGCAGCUCGGACAAUGAAGGUGAGAGCUUGGGCAGCAGCUUCCGCCAAUUAAACACACUUCCCAGCUCAGUGUUCAGUCGAGAUGUAGCGCAGAGCAAACAGAAGUUGUUUGGAGUUAAAAUCCAAACACAGGAAAAUGUAAUUUCACAGGAAGAAACAAGGAUUGCUAAUUUACAGACUUUACCAGAGGUGGCUAGCAGCUUUUCAGAAGCUGUUAAAGUAGAAAAAAACAAUGUGUUGGUCGAUUCAAAAACUGACAAUCAAGCAGCAUUGAGUGACAUAAUGGUAAAGAGAGAGCAAGGGCCUGCGGAUUCAGAUGAAGACGCAAUUUCUGGACAUGGUGUGAGAAAUGAUUCCAGUUCGGAGACACCAGACAUUUCUGUGCCUGUUCAUCACAGCCUGGACAAUAUAAAGACGGAGGAAGAAGGUGGACAAAAGGCUGUUAGUCCAAACCCUGACAAAAAGACAGAUUAUUCAGGCUCGGGCUUACAUUCUGUCAAAAGGAAACCAAAGGAGGAAAUUACAUCUGAUUCCAGGUGUUCACAAAGAGAUUUGGCCAACGAAGAGAACCCCUCCCCCUCACUUCCAUCUAAACAGCAGUCAUUUAGUUCAAGCACUGCAGAGUCAGACAGAGGCAAGACUAAAGACCAUCAUGAAUCCAGCAAGGAUGACAGGCAGAAGAAAAUGGACAGAGACAGGGCUUCGAGGCGGUCAAGGUCCCGAGAGAGGAGGACGCGUUCUUUAUCAGAAAGUGCUGCGUCCAGUUCUCCUGAGAGGAUUCACAGAAAGAGAAAACAGAAGUCCAGGUCUGGUUCCAGCUCCAGCAGCAGAGAGCGCUCAAGAAGAAAGAAACUUAAACAAAGGAGCGACAAAAGAACGGACGAUAGCGACAGUGGCCGAGAGAGAAGAAGAGUGUCGAAAGACAACAGACGUGGUCGAUCUAGAUCGAGAUCACGGUCCAGAGGUAGAUCGAAGGACCAAAGACGUUGGCGCUCACGCUCCAGAUCUCCGUCAACAUCACGAUCCAACUCUAGAUCCAAGGAAAGAAGGAAAGAGCACACACAACCGCAACAUCGUAAGUUGGAGUCCAGAUCGAAAGACAAUCGGAGACCCAGAUGGAGAUCAAACUCAAGAGAGAGAAGGAAAGCAGAGGAUUUGUCCAAAAUAAACACCUCGAAAAUCCGAAGGGACAUGAAAAAGGAGAGCAAUGGCUCUCACGCUUCUGUAAAAGAGGAUAAGACUGCACAUGUCAAAAAAGAUGUGGUGGAUUCUACCAAUGCAGCAAUGAAGAGUGACAGGGCAGACAGUACAUCCUUAUUUACAGAAGUCAAGACAGAAACAAAAACAGAAGGGCAGCAAUCCAUUGAUAUGUUUGAAUAUUCUUCCAUCACUAAACACAUCAAGAAAGAAGAUACAACUUUGAACAUCAAUAACCAAAGCAUCAAAAACGAGCCUGUUGACAUAGAGUUACGUCAAACGAUUAAGACCGAAAGCGUCAAAAGAGAGCCUGUUGACAUAGAGUUAUGUCAACCAAUUACGACAGAAAGCGUCAAAAGAGAGCCUAUUGACAUAAAGUUAUGUCAUACGGUUAAGACAGAAAGUAUCAAAACUAAACCUGUUGACAUGAAGUUAUUCCAAACGAUUACGACAGAAAGCGUCAAAAGAGAGCCUGUUGACAUAAAGUUAUGUCAAACGGUUAUGACAGAAAGUAUCAAAACUAAACCUGUUGACAUGAAGUUAUUCCAAACGAUUAAGACAGAAAGCGUCAAAAGAGAGCCUGUUGACAUAAAGUUAUGUCAGACGGUUAUGACAGAAAGUAUCAAAAAUAAGCCUGUUGACAUGAUGUUAUGCCAAACGAUUAAGACAGAAAGCGUCAAGAAAGAGCCUGUUGACAUAAAGUUAUGCCAAACCGUUAAAACAGAAGACAUUAGUGAAUCUACUAAAAUAAAAGUGGAGCCGACGUCAUUCGAAUUGCCUGUCACCUCAGAUCACACAGCAGGCUUUCACCAGGAUUCACCGAACCACUCUCAUCUUGAUGUUAAGGCAAACACAGAUGGGUUUAAAGUCCCCAUCAAGCAGGCCCCUGAACCGGAUGAGGACAUCACCAUGGAUGUUGAUCAUCACAACCUGGAGGACUGUGUGAUGCCCGAGCAGACCAAAGACAUUGGUCCCAUUGUCAAACAGGAAGAAGACAAACAAGAAGGGAGGAUUGAGGCAGAACAGGUGCCACCUCCAUUAGGAGCCAAAGCUAAGAUUCAAGGGAAGAGGGUGACCUGGAAUAUUCAAGAACCUGAUGGAUCACAACCAGACAAGUCUGCAAGCAAGCUGGCACGGUAUAAAUUAAAGCUGAAGCAGGAAGCGGCUCGGAGACCCUCGUCCACUAAACAGACCAUCCCUCAGGACACAAGUGAACCUGGCUCGGUCAGUGAUUCUUCCAAGAGCGAAGGGGCCUCUGAGGAGUAUUUGAAGAAGCUUCACAUGCAGGAGAGAGCCGUUGAAGAGGUGAAACUCGCAAUCAAACCUUUCUAUCAGAAGAGGGACAUCAACAAGGAUGAAUACAAAGAGAUUCUACGCAAAGCUGUGCAGAAGGUGUGCCACAGCAAGAGCAGGGAAAUUAACCCGGUGAAGGUGGGCAUUCUGGUCAAGGCGUAUGUGGACAAGUACAAACUGGCGAGGAAACACAAGAAGUCCGAGGCUGAGCCAAUGAAAACUGAUGAUUGACGACGCAUCAACAGUCAUUUUUUACUGGACUGAAGUUUGCAGUAAGAUUUAUUUCCUUCAUCACACAGGUUUCUAUUUCUCUUCUCAGGACAUUGACUUGUGCACAACUGGAUUGUUAAGAUUGUGUUAGAAGACAUUUCACCUCUUUUUUGAGCAUGCUUCAUCAGAUCAUGCUCACAGACUUAAAUAGGACAGCUCUAGUCUGACGGGCCUGGUGAAGGAUCCAAAGUAUUUGUCUCCUACAAAAGGGGAUAUUCUUGUAGAAAGUAAAUAUUCUGAAUACAAGAGGCGCCAUGCUUGGAGAGGAAUAAUUACUGUACUUUGGAUCCGGCACCAGGUGAGCAUACAAGGAUAAAGCUGGCUAAAAUGAGAGAUGAAAUGUCUUCUAAAACAAACUGAAUAGUCCAGUUGUGAUCGAUUUACUGCCCUGAGAGAACAUAGACAUGUAUCAAUCGGAAUAUUCACACAUAUCUUUUUCUGUCUCUUACUGGGAUUCAAGUCAGUCUUUUUGCACUUCACAACAUAAUGGUGUUUUUUUAAGGAUUAGGUGUCUGAUUCUCUGCACUGCCAAUAUGUCACAGGCAGAGUUAAAGCAGCUAAUUGAAUUAUGAAAAGUCUUUAUUAUGCUACAUUUGAAAAAAUCUAAUCAGUUCGACAUACAUUGUAGAUAAUUUAGAUUUAAUUACAUGAAUAUUUCUCUCCGCAAAUGCUGCCUGCGGUAUGACUUGAAUUUAGUAAAGUUGUAAUUGUUUUGUAACAAAUGAAUCUGUGUGUAAUCAGUUUUCUUCCGUCACUAAUUUGUAACCAUCCGCAUCUUAACACAAUGCUGGUAGACUUCAGUCAUGAGCUUUCAAAUAAAUUAUUAAGUCAUUUUUCACAAAA